UGCUUUUGAAGAAGGGGGGAAAAAAAAUCUUCCAACCGCCACCCGCCCUCUUCCCCUCCCCCUCCCCCAACGAUCCUUUACCUCAGAGAGGAGGCGGCGGCGGCGGCCAGGGCAUGGCUGGUGCGGUAUGAGGCGGACUCUGAGAAUACAACACAGGCCAAACAGCGAAGUCUGGGCUUAAAAUGCGUCUCCUGCUCGGCAGCUGUCCGCUGCGAUGUAUCUGAAGAAAAAUCGAAGCAACUCGAUAAACGGGAUCGGGAAACAAGACAAUGAAUCAAAAAGAAAGCGAAAGGUAACAGAAAUCUUCCAGGCCUUAAACUGCUCUCCUGUGGAUGUAGCUGCAUUGAGGAGAAUGGCAAUCAGUGAAGGUGGUCUUCUGACAGAUGAAAUACGUUGCAAAGUAUGGCCAAAGCUGCUUAAUAUAAACACACAGGAACUGCCAUCCAAACCAGGACCAGAACUCCGAGAGAACAAUAAAGACUAUCAGCAGGUGUUACUAGAUGUCCAGCGAUCGUUGCGACGCUUUCCACCUGGGAUGCCAGAUGCAAAGCGAAAAGAACUUCAAGAAGAGUUGAUCGAUAGCAUUCUGGAGGUACUGAAGAAAAAUCCCCAGCUUCACUAUUACCAAGGUUACCAUGACAUAGUGGUCACCUUCCUUCUGGUUGUAGGUGAGAGAAUGGCAACAGCUCUAGUGGAAAAGCUCUCCACACAUCAUCUCAGGGAUUUUAUGGACCCAACUAUGGACAACACAAAACACAUUUUAAAUUACCUUAUGCCAAUAAUAGAGAAAGUUAAUCCAGAAGUACAUGACUUCAUGCAAAGAGCGGACGUUGGUACUAUCUUCGCUUUGAGUUGGCUCAUAACUUGGUUUGGUCACGUGCUUUCAGAUUUCCGGCAUGUGGUUCGGUUAUAUGACUUCUUCCUGGCAUGUCAUCCACUAAUGCCCAUCUAUUUUGCUGCAGUGAUUGUGCUAUACCGGGGAAAUGAGGUCCUGGAGAGUGAAUGUGACAUGGCUGCUGUUCACCAUCUGCUUUCCCAGAUCCCACAGGACCUGCCAUAUGAGACCCUAAUAAGCCGUGCUGGAGACCUGUUUGUCCAGUUUCCUCCAUCUGAGCUUUCCAGGGAGGUUGCCCAGAAAGAGAGCACUGCUGUCUCAACUUUCAAGGAUUUUGAACUGGUGUCAGCCCAGCAGCGUCCUGAUGCAGUGCUCCGGAGGAGGUUCAGAGAACGGUUCCAACAAGAACCAAGAACAAGAACAAUUGUGGCAAUAACUGGGACCAGGAGGUUGAUAAAACUGGCAGUAAUGGGGCUGACUGUGGCAUUGGGGGCAGCAGCCUAUGCAGUGGUCAAUACUGCACUGGAGUGGGCACCAAAAUUUGAACUGCAACUGUUUCCUUGAAGGAAGAACAUUUUUAGCCACUUUACAAAUCUCCAACUACAUAAUGGGGCUGGGGCACAGUACUUUUCUUUGUCGUUGCCUUUUAUUUUUAAUUUAAAAUGUGUCAUUAAAGACUGCAAGUUGGAAAGUGCAUAUACUCGGUUAAAGGUAAGAUUGGGUUGAACACUAGUUUUAUGACUGCCAUUUUGUGAAUUAUUAGCACCAAACAAAGCUGCAGUAUAUUUCAGAAUGUCCAUUUUGUCAGUUCUCAAAAUAAAACUUAGGGAAAUGACCAAUUAAAAAUCUGUUGAGUUCCCAUCUGAUCAGUUGCCAACCUCAACCAUAUUAUCUAGACAAGGAGUGAAUGUAUGUUGAUCUUUUAAAAAAAAAAGGUUAACUGGGCAAGGUCAGUUUAUUUCCGAGAAAGGGCAUCAGAGCUAUUUUGGUUUGGCAGAGUUAACUUGUCUGCUCUCUCAAAUGACUGAAGUAGAAAAUACAGGCUGAACCAAUUCAGUCUGUUUCAUUUGUGAUAGUUGGCAAUAUUGUCCUAUUUGUCUUUUAGCCUAAUUUUGGGACAGUUGUAUUAUACAGCUUGCUGAACCCUCUGUUCUAGAAGAUCAGGCCCUGAUCCCAACUAAAUGACAGCAGACCAAUUCCCAUCUUAGGAUUGAUGAAACCCUUCAGGUCAUACAUUCUCCCUGCAUAAUUGACAAAGCAUCAUGUAGCUGUGUUAUGUAGUGGUAAAUAUGGCUGAUUUCAUGCCUCAUUUCUAUGGAAUUAGCUGAUAAUUGACAGCAGUGGAGUGGUACUCUGAGCUGCUUGAGAACCGGGACUGCAGUUCCUGCCACACAAUAGUGUGCAAUGAUCUCUGCUGGAAAAUGUGUUCAAGUUGGAAAGAAUAGAGUUUAGCUGAGCUAUCUUCUCUUGAAUAGAAUGCCAACAUUCACCAAUUAAUAAAGAAAGAUCGCUGGUAAUAACCAAUGUGUUACUGCAGCAAGAAACAUCAUCUUGGCAAAAAUAGUUUAUUAUUGUUUCAGCAGCUCAUCCAUUUUGUAGAAUUAAAUUGCAGAGCGAAAGCUUCAAUCUGAAACUUAGCUCCAACAGUUUGAUGUGUAGAUGAUAAAAGUAUUUUGAUCCAGUGAGGGAACAGUACAAGGUUUUGAGUUUCAGCUACGUAUAAGACCUCGUCAACAAAAGUGACACAUGUACAGGCUUGUAAGCCAAGCGUUUUAUUAAUGCACCUUAGCUACAAGCAGCAUAUCAGAAACUUUUAAAGUUGUUAUAUAUUGCAUCCUUAUCAUCGGUGUGUUAAUCACACUAACCUCAGUACAAGGCUUCUUAAUUUGUAUAGCUAAUCCUUGUCAGGCUAUAUUGCUUGAGACUCUGGUAUGAAGAAAUAAUGUCUUGAUGUACUGUCAGCCUUGAUAUGCAAUACACAAUCUUUAAUCUUGAUGCCUGUUUUUCUUAGUUACAAGAUUUAUUUAUAGUCACGUAAAGCACCCGAUAAUUAACUAACUUGUAGAACUGAUGUUUGUACUUUGUUACUGGUUUUAAUUCUUUUUCACAUUUUCUUUCCACUCUUGUUGCUCCGCAUAUUGCACUUUUUGAUGGGAGCCUCAGAUGACAAUUGACAUUCUUAUUAGAAGCAAGUGACUGUGUUAUGAGUUGCUUUUUCUCUCAGAUGCUGGACAUCCCAGAGUUCAUUAACCGAGAAGAGGAAUUCUGGGUUGCUGGAGCCUAUUUCCCAUAACUAUUUUGUGAAAACUUCCUGUCACCUUCUAAAUCUCCAGUUAUCUCUUAAAUAUUGACGUUGUUUCUCCUAGGUCAGAUGCCAGUAUUAAACUGCUUCCACUCAUUGCUAUUUACAUUGAAAUCAGGCAAUUUCGGCUCCAGCAAAUGUUAGGUGAACAGAUCCCUGCCAACCCAAUCGAAACCAUUCUCUUCCUUGCCAUCUGAUAACCUUUGGACUAUAUAUGGCAGCACUUGAAGAUUAUGUGAACUUUGAUUGUGAUGCUCCUACACCUAAAUGCUUUGUAAACCUUUAUUGUCAAAAGAUUGCAUAGAUACCAGUCAAAUGACAGGCACGACUUUAAGAAGGUGCUGGUGUAAUUGUGUCCCAACGAGGAAACUACCUCUCCGAGGGCAGAGAAGCAAGUCUGUUCAGAAAAAAGGAAUUGUAAUCUAUCAGGUUUUUGAUUUUUGUCUUCCUAAAACGCUGAAAAUAUUAUGAAACAAAUUAAUCCUACAUAUGUUCACAUUCUCAACUAAUAAGGUAAUGCUCAAAAGAAUUAACUGAAUUCAUAACUGCGCACUUCUAAAAUGUGCGUUUUGUUUGUAAGAAUAGUCCACUUGUCAUGAAAUUGUUUAUUAUCACUUAUCAAAUCAAAAUAUCAUUUUGCACUUUACUUUUGAAGUCUAGUACUUUCUUGGGCCUCGGAACAGACAUUCUGCACCGGUAACAUCCUCUAUGGGAUAAUUUUUGUGGCUAUUGUUAGCAGCAGUGACAAAAGAACAGCAGUCGGGGGAAUCAAUAUUUGUAUGAUUUCAAUGGAAUAGUCCAACAGAUUUCAUGGUUCAUUAUCUCAUUGUCAAUAAUGCAGUACUCACUCUAGUAUUAAUCCUAAUUGUUAGUUAAAAUAUUGCUGUGGCACUCAACCCAGGAUCUCUCCUUUUCUAAUUAAACUUCAGAAAUAUUAUGACAUGCCUCUGGACCAGGUGGGCCUUGAACCCAGUUCACUUGGCCCAGAGGUGUGGACACUGCCACUGUACAACAGGAACCUCUCCCAGAUUCUCUUGAGUCAGAAUUUAAGUGCUAUAGCAACAUUCUCUGAAGUAAGCCAGAAAGGACAGUAUUUAGGAGAGGAUUUGGUGGCAAUUUGAGGGUGCUUUAUAGAGCCAUUGAGUUGUGCAGAUAAUUGCAAGAUAUUUUUAAUCCUGGCGUUUUUUAAUUGUGGGAAUGUAUGUUUAUUUUUUAAUAAAUAUUUUUAUUUAA